GUCUUCUUUUUUAUUUUCUCACCCUUUUUCUUUCUAUUUGACAUUUAAAAAUUAUUUCAAUGGCUAAACACAAUCGACAUGUAUACGAUCGGCAUAAUGAUAAUGUAAUUGUUGGACUUGAUCAUCAAUUAGGAGAAAAGAUUGGACAAGGUAGUUUUGGCAUUAUAUAUGAAGGCACCAAUCUUACUACCAAGGAACCAGUGGCUAUUAAAUUUGAAACUUGUGAUGCUCAAGUACCUCAACUCAAGUUAGAAUAUGAAAUUUAUCAAGUUAUGAAUGGACUACAAGGAAUACCAAGAACAUAUUAUUUUGGUAUAGAAGGAAUAGAUUAUUGUAUGGUGAUGGAUUUACUUGGACCAAGUUUAGAAGAAUUAUUUGAAAUGUGUGGACGACAAUUCUCAUUAAAGACAGUGGUGGGUGUUGGCAAAGAUAUGGUGUCACUAUUACAAUCAGUUCAUGAACGACAUUAUAUCUUUCGUGAUGUGAAGCCUGAUAAUUUUUUGAUCAGUCAUCCUAAGGAUAAGUCAAACAUAUUACAUUUAAUUGAUUUUGGUAUGGCUAAACGAUAUUGGGAUCCAAAAACACAAAGACAUAUUCCUUUUAAAGAAAAGAAAGCUCUAAGUGGAACUGCUAGAUAUAUGAGUAUCAAUACACAUCUUGGAAGAGAACAAUCAAGGAGGGAUGAUUUAGAAUCUUUAUGUCAUGUUUUACUUUACUUUUUACGUGGAUCUUUACCUUGGCAAGGUAUUCAAGCAGCAAAUUCGAAAUUGAAAUAUGAAAGGAUAUGUAAAGUCAAACAAGAAACAAAUCCAUCUGAUCUUUGUGAUAAUUAUCCAGAUGAAUUGGCCACCCUUCUUACUUAUGCUCGUUCUUUACGAUUUGAUGAAAGUCCUGACUAUGAUUAUUGUCGUGAAUUAUUGGAUAAUGCUUUAGCUUCAAUGGAUGAAAUAGAUGAUGGAAUACGUGAUUGGAUGUUAUUAAAUGAUGGAAAAGGUUGGGAGGUGACUGGACGAAAAAAACCAAAGAAACCAUUAUUAUUGAUGCCCAAUUAAAAGUAGUUUUAUACG